CUGCUUCCUAGGGCUGUUUGCAGCAGCUAUUGCUGCUGCAGAAGGGACGGAGCGCGGGUUCCUCUCUGCCCUGCUGCCGCCUUCUUCUCCUCAGCUGCCUCCUUUUGCCCGGGUACCUGCUGAGUGCUGAAGUCCCAUCCCAAGUAGCAGGGCCCGGGUUCGGUAGGCGCAGCCAUGACGGCUUAAGCCGAGUGGGCCUCGUCUUCCUCCUCCUUCUUGCGCGGCGAGAGCAGGGCAGGGAGGAGAGGAAGCAGCCCGGGCGCCUGCCUUUGCCCAGCCUCUCCCGUUCACAGAAACAACUCGGCUGACCCCUCUCGUGCGUGUGAUAACUACGACAAGCACCGGGCCCUGGUAGUGAUUAACCCCGCGCUCUGCAGCCCCUUCAGGGGCGUCGAUGAAGGACCCGCCUCUGGGCACAGGCCCGAGUUAGCAGCGUUAACCUCGCACCCAGCCAGGGUUGCUCACUUGUUUUUAUUGAGCCUGCCCGAUUGGUAGCUCGUUUCGCUUGAAUGUCGGCACUUCCCCACCUUUCUAUGAUAAAUCGUACUCAAGGAGGCUUACAGAGCAAUGCGUAUGGUGAAGGCUUAUAAAUAUAUGAGUGGUAUUUUCUUAGUGACUCAUCCAUCAAAGCAACGAGCCUCAGACUGUUCCGGGCAGCCAACCAAGAUGGACGUAAGCGUGCUUGAAGAGCAAUACGACUGUCUAAAACAGAAGCAAAAGCUGCAGACACACAUUAUUGUAUUCAAAACAGGUGGGAAUGAGACAGUCCCCAGGGAAUCCAUGGUGAACGCUGUAUUAAUUAACAAGAAAAUGAGGAAAGCAAAAGCAUUUAAAGAAUGUCUUCCCAUCAGAGAGGUUAGCUUUGAAUUGCCUUGCAAAGAAGAUAUACAAGAGAGUUCACCUUGGCGGAUACACCUAGAGAUCCACCGGCUUGCACAAGGAGAUCACCAGAAAAUUCCUUGUGAUAUUGUCCAAAACAAGAAUGAACAGUUUACCACUGACAGUGAAAUACUGUUUCAGAAGAAGAGCAUAAUGUCAUGCGAAGAAUUAUUAAAAGGAAGCGAACAAUCUGUAGGAAUACUCAGCAAACAGGAAAAUCCAAGCCCUGCUGAAAAGACAGACAGUUCUAAUUCACCUUUGACAUCAGUUACUUCACCGAUUUGGACACAUGCUCAAAUUUCAGUCUCAAAAUUGGCACCAGCAUCUAGUAAGCUACCUUAUUACCCUUUCCCUCAGAAAAAAACUCCCAAGAUUUCUGAAGCUGCAAGAAGACUUGGAUUGUAUGUUUCACAAUGAGAGCAUUUCAGUAACCAAGGAAGCUAAGGCUUGGUCCACCCAGCCAGAUUCCCCUACAGGAAAGCAACUGCAAGUUCAUUCUGUCCACAUGUGCAACCACGAUCACAUUCCAGUCCCCGUGAUCACAGGAACUGCUGUAGCUGUAUCCAUGUAUAGCCCAGUUCACACGACUGUUUCCCUGAGUGGGAAAGGCGACAACUGUUCAUAUGUAGGGUGGGGACAGUUCUACCACCAUCUCCUGUGUCUUGCAUGCAACGUUUGGUGGGAGAGAAUGACAAAUUCUGUUUGCUUCUCAGAGGUUUUCUAGCUCAGCCAAGCUUCCCUGUUAUGAGGAAAGGGGAAGUUUAUUCCACUCACUUCUAGGGAGUGAGAGAAAUGGGGGCUGCAAUCAGAAAAUGGCAGGACAUAGUAUCCACACCUCAGAUCAUCUUAGACUGGACACCCUGAAAUUCUCCAGUAUUCACCUGGUUCACAAAUAAUGCAAAACCAUGGUCCCACAGACGAUCAAACAAACGGUGGCUUAAUUCUCCAAAUCUUGGUUUGUUACCAACUACUCUCGCCUCAUGCCAUUUUAGCUUGGUGACCAUCUGGGAUGGGAUGGCAAUGUUUAAGGAAGGAUGCUGGGUUUACAUGUACCACCAAAUCAUUGUUAAAGCAAACCAAGGUUCAUCAUUCAAGAACAAACCACGACUUAGGAUCUUGGUUUGUUGGCAGUAAACAAACCAUAGUUAAGCCACUAGCAGAAUUCAGGCAAUCAGACAAACAAUGGCCUCUACUUAUUGGGUUUAGCUGGACCUGAAAUAGGAGGAACUAGUAUGUGAACUCUGUCUAAUAUUUUACCAUAUAUUGUUGAUAUGCUUGCUAAGGAAUGAUUGCUAAAAUCUGUUUUGGACUAAUCAGUGUCCAGGCUAAUUUGAAACUGUGUUUUGCAGGUUCAUCGUACAGAAAAUAUUUUAGUACCAUAAGAGAUCCUAAGUUCACAUGCCUUUCAAUAUAAUAAACAGCAGAAGAUUAUUAUAAUUAUAAUUAUUAUCUGGAUGGUUGCUGAGAAAAAGAAUGAUGGACUAACUGCACCUUUGGUGUGAUCCAGGUGGGCAGUUCCUGUAUCCUCAUUAAUCUGAGAUGCCUGGACCAUAUAAAUAUGCCCAAAGUGAUUCUCUAAAUGCCCCCAUAAUUUUGUCCGCAUAUACACCUAAUAAUUAAAUUUGUGGUUUUUCAUAAAGUAGAGAUACAGUGAUGUUCUUUUUAGAAAUGUCUUAUUUUUAUGAGCUGGAAUUCAAUAUUAAUAAGGAUGAUACUGUUUAGUAAUACUUUAUUGAAACAUUUGGGGGGUUCCUAUGCACUUUCUGAAAUCAGAGCUGAUCCACCUUUUACUACCAUUCUCAAGAUUAAAUAGAGUAAAGAUGUAAA